AUGAUGUCAGACGAGUCGGAGAAUGACAUUGCGUUCGAUGAAAGCGAACGAAACGACUUGUACUACAACAAAUACAAGUUAUUGUUGGAAGAGUGCGCCCAGCUACAAAGAUCCAACGAGAUUUUAGUGUUUCGCAUACAAGAAGUCAAUAAAAUUACCAAACGCCGGUACAAGGAGGUGAAAUUUUUUAGACACCGACUACUGAACAACUAUGGAGAAGACUGGUCCGUUAUUCCACCCGACGACUUUAGUGAUGUGGAACAAGAAGAAAGACCACAGCAAUUGCUACCAAAAGAUAAAAUUAAACAGGAAAAGUCAGAAGACAAGCAAGAAGAAAAGACUGAAAAACAGAGAGGAUCUAAAAGGACGCCGAAGAAAAAAUCAGGCAAAGCAGAGAAGGAUCCAAAUGCCCCAAAGAGGCCUUCAAAUCCAUUUUUCCAGUUUUGCCAGGAGCAGCGGCAAAUUUUGUUGGAACAGAUCAAUGCGGAGUUGAAACCUGGAGAGGUUGAACCCACGAAGCAGGAACUUACAAGACAGUUGGCCAUUAAGUGGAAGUCACUAUCAGUCCCCGAUAAAAAAGUCUAUGUGGAUCGGUAUGAAAAAUCGAAAGAGAAAUACGCUGCCGAAAUGGAAGAAUACAAAAAUGCAAAGUGAAAAUUUUUAUCUUAACCUGUGAUAUAUUUUUUAAAAAAAUCCUAUAUUUUUAAUGGUUUGG